AUGGCUGGUAUUGUUUCAGAUAAGGUGUAUUAUUAUGGGAAUUUUAAUGCAGAAGUUUUUGAAAAAAUUUUUGAAAACCUUUGUGAAAAUCUUUACAAUAAUUAUGGACCAUGUGUUAUCUAUAUAGACAGGGCAAAAUACUACAAACGUCGCUCUGAAGCAGCACCAACUUCUAAUUGGAAUAAAUCUGCAAUAAAAGA